AUGAUAUGAAUUUUUGUAAUCAUAAGCCAUGCUAUAGGUCUAAAAUUUUCUCCUUUACUCGGACCAGAAGGAGGAGGCACUAUUGUUACAGCCCAGGACUUCUACUUUAUCCCUACAUCAUCUCUUACCUGCGUCUUUGGGUCUUUAGACAGCACAAGUGUAACCUACAUAAAUAUCACAUCAAUUUUAUGCGAAUCUCCUCCGAGUUCCGGAAAUACAAAUUUUGCUGUAACAACUGACGGAAUUUCCUACACAACAGCUUCUCAACAAUUUCUUUAUUACCCAACACCUAUAAUUACAGCAAUCAGCCCAUCUUCAGGUAGUGAAAUUGAAUAUCAUACCAUUACAAUAGGGUUUCAAACAACAAUCACAAAUACUGACUUAUUAUUUUGUAAGCUUGGGACUUAUAUUUCGUCAGGAACUUUUAUAGAUUCGCUUACUAUGACAUGUGAACUUCCUCCAUAUCCUGAUUUAUUAGCAUUAGAGCCUGGGAUUUCUAAUCCAGUGCCAAUUUAUAUAUCGAGAAAUGGACAACAAUAUUCAGAUACAGGACUCACUUUUAACUAUUUGUCAUCAUAUUGGGAUUAUUUGCAGAAUUUUACUGUUUCUCAGUAUCAUGGCCCUGUUUCUGGGAGCACAGAGGUAGUGAUUUUUUUAUAUAAGGGCUUAUCAAGCUACACCCCUAUGUGCAAAUUUGGGGAUGUUUUAUCUACGCCUUAUAGUAUUUAUUCGUCGAAUUUUACGUGCUUAAGCCCUACAUAUAGCGGAAAUGUAAAAAUCAAGCUAAGUAUCAGUCUGAAUGCAAUUGAUUUUGGGAGCUUUGGCAGAGAGUUUGUUUAUGAUUAUAAUAUCACUUUUAGCAAAAUUAGUCCAAACCAAGGAACUCUAUUAGGUGGAACUGAUGUUUAUAUAAAAGGAUCUGGCUUUAAGCCUUAUGAUACCCUUUUCUGUAUGUUUGAUAGCUCUAAAGUUUCAGCAACCUAUAUUUCUCAGUGGUCAAUUAAAUGUGUGAGUCCUUCUCAUGCAUCUGGACAAGUAACUGUGAAAUUUACUUUGAAUGGGCAAGAUUAUUAUACUGUAGGAUCCUACACAUAUAGAGCUUCAGAAAUUGUCAACAAUAUUUCUCCUGCCCUUGGCCCAUUAGGAGGAGGUACAAAUGUUCUGGUCAAUACAUCAUUAUAUGACUCUUCUACAGCCUUUUGUAGGUUUGGAUCCAGCUAUAAAGUUCAAGUUACAAUAAAUUCAAAUCAUUAUUACUGUCUCACACCUCCUUAUUCAGUAUUAAAUACAAAUUCUUUUAAGCUAUACAUCAGUAGUAAUGAUUUUGACUAUGAAUCCUAUGCGACUUUUACAUAUUACACAGAAAUCACUUUAUCGUUUGUCUCCCCAAGGCUCAUUACAAAUGAAACUAAAAGCCGAACUUUUACUGUUAUAGGGACUGGGUUUACUAAUACUGGACUAAUUACUGCCCUAGUGAAUGGAGAAACUUAUAAUGCAAAUUAUAUUAAUUCGACAGCAGCUAGUUUUACUUUACCUAAUGGCUUAGCUAUUACUGGAAAAAGCAUUGUUGAAGUCUCAUUAAACUCUCAGAACUAUUCUCCUUCUACUGCAUAUAUAGACGUCUUUGUAACUCCUGUAAUUACUUCUGUUACCCCUUCUUUUGGAUUUUUAACAGGUGGGAUUACUCUGACAAUUUUUGGUACAAAUUUUGUGUAUUCAGAAAAAAUCUACUGUCAAUAUGACACAGCUAAAACAACAGGACUGUACGUGUCAACCACAAGUGUAAUCUGCACAAACCCAUCUAAAUCGGCAGCUGCAAACAGCAAUCUUUCAGUCUCAUUCAACAAUAUGAUCGACUUUUCUAAUCAGCUGGUUUUCCAAUAUAUCCAAAUCCCUACAUUUAGCAGCAUUACUCCAAGCCAAGCUUAUAACAGACAAAGCCCACAAGCUAAUAUUACUUAUAGUUCUGUAGUCAGUCCUGUAGUUGUAAAGGUAGGACUAAUUUCAAUCACAAAUUUCAUAUCUGCAAGCACCCAAAAUACAGUUUUUCAAGUGCCAACACAUCCCUCAGGAACUUAUUCAAUUGAUAUAUCAUUUAAUUAUUUAGAAAAAGUUACGGCGCUUUCAUUUACUUUUCUAGGAGAAUGCAAAACUGGCUAUGUGUGUCCGGUUACAAGCUUAUAUUCUAUGUCUGCCUGUCCGCCCGGAACAUAUUGCCCAGCUGCUGAUCUUACAGUUCCAAUACCAUGUGGACCUGGCACUUAUUCCAAUAAAGCAUCUGCAACCUCUUGCAGCAGUUGUGAUUCAGGCUAUUAUUGUCCUAGCACAAGCCUCAGCUCACCUGCAAACUGUCCUGGAGGAUAUUUGUGCUCGUCUUCUGGGUUAUCAAUGCUAUCAAGUCUAACAAGCUGCCCAGCAGGAUAUGCAUGCUCUAAAAACAAAGCAGUGGCAUGUGUUACUGGCUCCUGGUGUGGCCCAAGAGCUUAUUCCCCUAGAAGCAUUGUUAUUUUUGACUUUAGAGCACCACAAAACUGCAGAAGUGGGUAUCAAUGCAACUCUGGAAGCUCAUUAACCCCAUAUGGGUCUGGAGAAUGUCCAGCAGGAAGAUAUUGUAUAUUUGGAAGUGCAUAUGAUUGUCCUAUAGGUCACUACUGCCCAAAUACUGGACUUGAUAUCCCUGAAGGCUGCCUUCCAGGUUUUUAUAAUCCAAGUGUCAAACUGGUUGAAUGUUAUCCCUGCGAUAUAGGAAAAAUUUGUCCGAACUCCACAAGUGUGGCUCAAACUACAUGCCCAGCUGGAAAUGUAUGCUCUAUCAGAGGACGUCCUAACCCAAAUUCUGUCUGCCCAGCAGGCUCUUACUGCUUAGUUGGUACAAAUAAUGAAACUCCUGGUGCAACAAAUGGGCCAAUUUUAUGCCCAGGAGGCUCAUUUUGCCUUGAAGGUAUCCAAAGUGGGACAAUUUUAGAUGGUGAUGCAACUCAUCCACAGACAUGCAUUGAAGGUACAUAUUGCCCGAUUGGGACUAAAAACCCUGUAGAAUAUCCAUGCCCAGAAGGUUAUUACUGCCCACAAGGGUCAGUUACUCCAGUUCCUACCAAUCCAGGCGAAUAUUCCCAAAACACUGGCAACACAAUUCCUACCAAAUGUAGCCCAGGGCGAUACUCAAACACUACCUCAGCUAAAUCAUGCUCAGUGUGUCCAGCAGGGUAUUAUUGCUCAAGUGAAGGAACAAUCGUCCCAACUAUAUGUGCCAAAGGGACUUAUAGAGAAGCAGACCCAAAUGAAAUUUAUUGUGAAUUAUGUCCUCAAGGGACUUGGUCAGAUAAAGAAGGCCUCCAAGCAGAGAGCCAGUGCAGCAUAUGCCCUGCAGGAAUCGUAUGUUUGCAACAAGGGAUGACCAGUCUUUCACAAGCCUCUGUAUGUCCAGAAGGGUAUAUAUGCAAAGAAGGAACUACAAGCUACUCACUGCAGAACAGUAAAUGCCCUGCUGGGUAUUAUUGUGGCACAGGGACUAGUGUUGUUGCUGAUUAUGAAAUAUGUGACCCCGGGUAUUACUGUCCAGAAGGAACUCCUUCAGGAUCUGCUCACCAGCAUGAAUGCUUAGCUGGAUAUUAUUGUCCUGCAGGUACUAAUGCUACUUUAAAUGAAAAAGGAGAAUACGAGUAUAUUUCACAGGUGAAUUAUACUGCAAUAAUAGAUUCCAAAGAAAGUGCUAAUGUAGAUUGCUGCGGCGAAGCUAGUUGCAAUACAACCAGUGACAGCUGCAAGACAUAUACGAUUCCAGAAUUCGAAGAAUGUGCAGAAAACAAGCUGCUGCCUGCAGAAAUAUUAAGUAGCUACACAAGCCAGCUUUGCCCUGAGGGAACCACAAGCAGCAUAGGAGCAGAAUGCGUCGGACAAUGCGAAUCAAUAGGAGCAACUUAUGUUGUAAAAGCUAUUAACCCCCUUAAAUCUUUCACAAACUUAACCACAAGGAUGCUCGAUGAUGGCAUCCCUGUUUAUGAAAUAAAGCCAAUGAAGCUGCUUUUGCUUGAUUUUGAUCUUAGAAAAGUUGACUCUAGGUUCAAGUACAACUCUCAUUUCUCCAUUGCUUUAAAAGACAGUUCAGGCUCUUUGCUUUCAAUGCCUGGUUAUUUCAGUUCCUCUUCUGCUGAUUUUCACCGUAAUUUUACUAUUUCUAUCAUGAACUAUUCUCCAUCUGUGAAGUCUGUCUCUGUCUCUAUGAGUCUCCACAAUGCAUUGUUUAAUCCUAUUAUUAGCCAACUUGAAAAUACAGUAGAUAUCACUGAAUGUGAGCCAUCCAGAGCUAUAUUAGGAACUGACUCCAGCUUUGGAGCAAUACUCUAUGUCAACGAUUUUUCAAGCACGACCUUGCCUUAUAAUUUGAUAGAAGUCACUGAUAAAGGCUCAGAAAGGGAGCCAUUAAUAGAUGUUAGCAAUGAUGAGGAGUGGAAUGGGACGUAUCCAGUCACUUCGCCUCCAUUUGACAGCACUUUUUGGACAAAUUAUGAUAUUCAAACAUUUGUGAUGCCAUGGCUGCCUUUUUUUAUGAACUGUGAGUAUUUCGGAAGUAAAAUUUAUUUGUUUAGGCUGCUUGAAUUGAUGGAUAACUGUACACUAGUUCCUAAAAAUAAGACAGUGAUUGUCCAAUCUAUCCCUACAACUGGGUUUUAUCCUACAGCAGACUCGUGCAAUCUUAAGUUUCAAUGCUUCUAUUCUGAAGACCUUACUAGCAACUCUCAGUUUUGGUUUUCCUUAUCCCAAGACACUGUAUUAUUUUAUUUGACUUCAGAUCCCCAAUCUACAGGGUCAUAUUUCGCGACAGGAGAAAAUGGCUAUGACUCUACGUUUACUAAUGAUAUUUUAAUCACUAGUGAUAAUAUUGUGCCAGUUACUUUUAGACCCAGUUCGAGUAACGGAAUUCCUACCACAGUUGUGCUUGAAAUAGAAUACUAUCAAAAAGACUCCUCUACCAAAAACAUUAUAAGCGCUUCAGUUAGUUUAGAAGAUUAUAGUUUAGACUUAAGCAAAAGUGAUCAUCCGUCUUAUACUUUGAAAGUUAAGUACUCAGCACUUGGGUGGUUUGCUUUAUUUAACAAUUUCAGACUAGGGUUGUCUGUUUUUACAUUUGUUUUUGUGAUUAUUGGGUUUGCACUGAUUAUUUUGGUGCUGAUUGUAUAUUGGUGCCAUUGGCGGAUAUUCAGAUAUAAAAACCCUCCCAAGCUGCAUUUUCUAAUAUAUUUUCCUGUUGUUACAGUGCCUCCUGCGUUAGGAACUUUAUAUGGAAAUGCACCCAUGGUCAUGGUAAUAUACAUCUUAUAUCUCUUAUAUGACGCAGACGUAUUAAGUACUGUCGUAGCUAAUUGGUCAAACAUAGGCCAAGCAAUCAGUAAAAGCGAUCAAGACAAUAAUAACCGUGGAAGGCUUGGGACUGCUUUAAUUUUUGCAGGUUUUGCAUUUGUUUAUUAUGGUGCUUAUCUCUUAAUUCCUUCCCCAAAAGAAAAACCUGAAGCCCCUGAAAGCUCAAGUACUGGAGUUUCAAGUGUGGAUGAGCAUAAAGCACACAAGCACAAAGCUGACUCAGAAGAUUACAUUAUAUUAGAUUAAGUAUUUAAGUUGCCAUAUAUCGCAGCCCUUUUUGGACUUGAGCUAAACAAUUGAUGCUAUGUGAUUCUGGCAAAAAGAACGGAACUUCUCAAUGGUUUUACCUCAAGACGGCCUAACACACUUAUCGGAUUCGUUUGCUAUAUCUUUACCUCCUGCGCGUAUUGGGGGUAAGGGUCUCCUUAUCGGAAGUCCCCUCCUCCCGAAGAAAAAAAUAUUAGAGGAGGGUUAUAGGGCUUUCCCUUGAAUAGCCCGAUAGUGGGCUGGCUUCAUCCCGCUAUCGGGCUAUUCAAGGGAAAGCCCUAUAGCUUUUUUUAAAAUAAAUCUCAAUCCGCAAAAAUUAAUUGAAUUUGUUAAAUUAAUAUUUUAAAACUCACUCUGUUUAAAAUUCAACAGAAUUAGCUAGAUAUCUCAUUAUAACAAUUAUUACUUAUAUAUCAAAAUAUAUCAAUAUAUUUUCAUAAAAAAAUUUUUAUUAAAAAACAAAUUUUUGCUUGCUCGGGUUUUUACUCAAAAAUAGGGAUUUUGCAAUGGCUUUGCUCGCUCACAGAGGGGCGGGAAGGAGCAGAAAAUAAAAAACCUUUUAUCACUCUGGGACAAGACUACGAGGUUGCAAACCUAGUAAUUCCUUGUCUGGUGUUGCUGAAUUUGGUUUCUCUGGGAAAACUAAAACCUAGAAUAAUAAAAUAAAUCAGAAGAUUACACUAAAGAUGACCGAUCAGGGCAUUCUACUGAUAAUUCUGAUCUUUCUCAUUUAGAAGAAAGAGGCGAAGAAGACGAUGAAACAAUUGAAGAAUCUCCUCUCUAUAAGCGGCUGUAUUUCUUUAUUAUUGCUAUAACCGCUUCACUUAUCAUUACUUAUAAGCUCGAAAUUUCUUAUUCUGAUAGGUUUACUUCAAGCAUUUUUGCCUAUCUAUUUUUGUUUAUGGUCGUUGAUAUCAUAUUGAAUCAAGUCCUUUUUAGGCUUAUUGUAAAUGAAAUGCUGCUAGCUGCGCCAUUUUUAGCAAGUUUGUCAAGUAAUAUUAUUAUAUGCACGAUGGCUGCAGCGAACUUUACAAGCUAUAUGGAAUGUUACGCAUUUACUACGUCCAUGAUGGUUUUUGAGAGGCUUUAUUUGUAUCCCUUUAUGGAGUAUUUAGAACAGAAAAUUCAGGAAUUCACCAUUUACCUGAUGACAAGGUUCAAGUUCGCAGAAAAACUCUUCAGAAACAUCAUAAUUAAGCAGCUAAAAAUGGAAAGCAAUUUAUUGACGAGUGUAAACAAAAGUACUCCUAUAAGUGGAACUAACACAGAAGGGCUUUUAGGAACAAUGGUUAAAUACUCUGCCCAAAUUCAAGCAAUAAUCAUGGCGCCUUUCAUUUUGUUAGUAAUCAUGUUAUUCCCUGAAGCUACCCAGAUCCCCAAAGGUUAUAGUAUUCCCUCUACUGAUGUCCGGUAUUAUUUUUUGUUCACAAGCAUUAUUAUUAUUCCUCAUUUAAUUUCAGAUUUAUUUUUAUUCCAUUUAUUAGAGAUCGUGUACGACUACAAAAUCUUUGAUUAUUUAACCUAUUCAUGGUACAGAUUUAGGACCAGAAAAGACUGAUGGAAGCAUAUAUAUGGGAUCAAGCUGGAUAGAUCUUUAUUGAUCAACUGGAGAUCAAUAGAUAAUAUGUGCUAUUCUUCGCAGUAUUAUUUUUCUAUUACUAUUGCUUCAUGAGGAAUAAUAUUCAUGUCAUUUGGUGUCACUAUUUAUCUGAGAAAUAAUUUUAACCCGUUUAAUGACCCAAUUUUAUGGCUAUUUUUCCUUAUACAAGUUAUCAUCCAAAAGUAUUCUGCCAUUUUUCUUGCGAAAUUUACAAGGUUUAUACAGUUAUGGAGACCUAUGGGGCAUAAAAUAUUUAUAGAAGAUAUUCCGCAGGAUGACGAAGAAGCUAUUGUAAAUUUAAUUGAUGACUAUAUGGAAGAAAACGCCCUUGUGCAUAAAAUACAGACCGGGAUAUUUAAAUCGAAAUUCUUAACUCCCCCCCUCCGUGAGUGAAUAAAAAAAUUUUUUUCACUCACGGAGGGGAGUUAAUUUUUUUUUAAACAAUUUUUUUUAUAUAAAUUUUAUAGAAAAUUUAUUUUUUCGAAGUUCUAAAAUAAUUCUAAUUUGCAAAAAUUUGGAAAGCAAAAUAUUAAUUUAAUUUAUAAAAUUUAUGUUUUAAAACGCAAUUUGUUUAAAAUUAAGCAGAAUUAGCUCGAGAUUUCAUUAUACUAAUUAUCACUUAUAUAUCAAUAUCUUUUUCAUAAAAAAUGUUCUCUAUUAAAAAAAUUUUGUUUUUAAUCACGGAGGGUGGAUUUUUGGGCAAAAAAUAGAUUUUUCUAAUGGUUUUGUUCACUCACAGAGGGGGGAAGUAAGAAAAAAUAAAGAGUGGCUAAUAGCGCAUUUGCCUGAUAUUGUAGAGGAUAAUUAUCAAUGCCAGCAAUAUCUGAUGGAGAAAUAUAAAGAAUUAUUUGAUUAUCACACAGCUGAGGAGCUUAAAAGAAAAGCUAUCGAAGACAGAGUUGACCAGCUCCAAGCUUUGCCUUGCAAUAGGCCGAAAAGGUAUAGAGAUGAUAUAUCAGAAAAAUCAGAUCCUCCGAAAACACCCCCUCAUGAGCCUGAUUUUGAAUCAUCCACUGCUAGGAUUGCGUUACACUGGGUAGAUAAAGCACGAUUUAUGAUCAUGAUCAAAGCUGCACUUGAAGACCCAAAACUCCUCCAAAACUCUUGUGAAUCAUGCGGGUCUAAUCAGCAGCUUAAGCUAGUCCCAUUAACAUCUUUUUAUGAUAUUUAUAAUGAUUAUAAAGAAGCAUUUAAAGGAUUACCAUUAAAAACAAGCCAUUGGAAGGCUUAUUAUAUAAGAAACCAAGAAUUUAAGACCCUCUGCUUCAAUUGCGCUUAUAUUUGGCAACUUAAAAUGAAAAAAGAUAUCAGGGUCAUGACUCCUCUAGCCAAAAUGGUUGCAGAGGAGCUGGUUUUAUUAAAUAAAGCGAAGAAAGAUAAAGAGGCCAAAUCAGUCGUCAAAAAAAUAGCAUUUAAAUGGCUAAUGGAAGCUAGGUCAAGACUAGGAAAAAGCGUCAGGAGCACUAAGAUUAUGAAAGCGGAAGAAGAAGUGUCUAUGAGCAUUAUGAGUGUGAGCUCAAAAUCGUUUUCUAUUGAUGUGAGUGAAGUAGAGGAGCCUUAA